ACGAGUCUGUGGAGGAGAGCGAGCACCGACCGGAUUACAGGAGACAGUGAGAAGGCAGCAGAGGGCAACAAAGGAUUCAAAAACAAAAGAGGAAAAAAACUAUAAAGAUAUGCAAAAAUGUGUGAUUAAUGUUAAAGGAAUAAGAGAGUGGAAACAGAACAGGAUAGAACUAUUGCCGAAAGGCAAGGCGUACAACAGAGACUCCCGGGGUUACACAUCCUUCCUUCCAAAGAGUGCGUGGACUAUUCAGAAUUGAGGUUACAAUCGGAUCAGAAGUGGAUCUAAACAACAAGCAAGCUGCACAACAGAAUAACUUGUUGUCUUUAAGGUACAGCUUCGCAGCAACAGAUGAGGAGGGCCUGAAAAUCUCCACACUUGGGCUCCACAACGGCCCCAGCUCGCCAAAUAGCCGGUUCCCCUCCCCUAGUGGCACAUCCGGAGGAGAUAGGAUAUCAGGAGCCACAGGUCGUAGGAUGAACAAUUACAACGGAAAGAUCUCUACUACAGGAUCGAGCCAACUAAGAAGUCGCUUCAUCAAGAAAAAUGGGCAUUGCAACGUGGUGUUCUCUAACAUGGAGGAGAAAUCACAACGUUACCUGGCCGACAUCUUUACCACCUGCGUGGACAUCCGCUGGAGAUACUUACUACUCCUCUUCUGCUCGACCUUCAUGUCCUCCUGGAUGUUUUUUGGAAUAAUCUUCUAUUCAGUUUCCAGAGCCCAUGGGGAUUUUGAUGAGCACCCUGGAAUGAGUUCCUCUUCGGGGUUGGAAGGGAAUGGGCUUGGGGUUGGUGAAGUUGAAGGGGUGCAGAAAACGUGGCAGCCAUGCCUCCUUCAUGUGGAGGGCUUCGUCGGAGCCUUCCUAUUCUCCGUCGAGACCCAGACCACCAUUGGUUAUGGGUGGCGCUGUGUCACUGAGGAGUGCCCUGUGGCAGUGAUCACAGUGGUGGUCCAGUCCAUAGUGGGCUGCAUCAUUGACUCCUUCAUGCUUGGCACAAUCAUGGUCAAAAUGGCACGCCCUAAGAAGAGGAACCAGACCCUGCUGUUCUCGAAAACCGCUGUGAUUUCCCUGCGCGAUGGCAAGCUGUGCCUCAUGUGGCGGGUGGGUAACCUGCGCAAGAGCCACAUCGUGGAGGCCCAUGUGCGGGCACAGCUCAUUCGACCCUACGUCACGGCAGAGGGAGAGUUUAUCCCUCUAGAGCAGAGGGAUCUCAACGUAGGCUACGAUGAAGGCAUUGACCGUCUCUUCCUGGUUUCUCCUCUGGUUAUCGUCCAUGAGAUCGACGAGGACAGCCCCCUGUACACUGUGAGCCGGGCUGAUCUGGAGUCUGAUGACUUUGAGAUCGUAGUGAUCUUGGAGGGCAUGGUGGAGGCCACCGCCAUGACCACCCAGGCCCGCAGCUCCUAUCUGGCCAAGGAGAUCCUAUGGGGGCAUAGGUUUGAGCCUGUGAUCUUUGAGGACCGAACCAAGUAUCAGGUGGACUAUUCUCGCUUCCACAAGACCUACGAGGUGCCCUCCACACCCCACUGCAGCGCCAAGGAGCUCAGUGAGACGUCCAGCCGGCCUGCCUCAUCCGCCUCCUCCCACUCACUAUUCCCAACCAGCCCCAGAAUCACCCAGCACCUCGUAACCCCCCACUCCCCCAGCGCCUUCUGCUAUGAGAAUGAGGUAGCACUGAGCUGUGGAGAGGACGAGGAUGAACUGGAUAGGCAAAAGGGAAAAGACAGGGAGGAGGACAGGAGGAAUUCAGUUUCUGUAGACUUUCAUCAUUUGUUUCAGGACACAGCCACAAUGACAUCCGGCAGCAGCAUGCUGUGUGUUUUGGACAAUCAGAUGGAUUUUGACAUUCUACAGACGACCAUUACUCGUGAUCCACUGACAUAUAAAAGUGAGUCGGGAAUCUGAGGCAAAGGGAUGGCACCCUCAUACCCUUCCCAACCCCUCCAUUCACAUAUACCGAUCUGUAGGUCUUGAAGAGAGGUCUUCCUUUUUGUAUUUUGCACGUUUUGCUCUGGAUUUAGUACUAGAGCUACACCCCUUUCGCCUUGCCAGCAUUAUUUUGUACUUUAACCUGAGCCCAUGUUUUUGUUUGUGGAGAGAACCAAAUGGGAGGCUGAAUUAGUGGUUCUACUCUGCACACUUCACCCAUACGUGCACCUCAGUUGGGCUGUGCGACAGUCACCUCGACAGAUAAUUACACAUGAGAUUGUAUGAACGGGCGACUCUUUUAACGAGGUAAUAGGAAAGGAACGCCAAGAGAUGGACAGUUCCAGCAGAGAGCUGAGGAUGAGACAAAUAAUGACUUGUUUGAGACUUGUGCAAUGAAGGAUAAACAGACAUUUGACCAAAGGAGGACUUCUGCUACAGAAACUGUCUCAGGAGGAAAUGUGCAGGGAAGACACCCAGAAUAUUUGAGUAACAUUCAAGUGGGUAGGUAUGAUGUUUAUCUACACAGUCUUAUUGUGUAGAUUGUUUCAUUUGGACAUGAUACGUGCUAUUUUGAUGCGUAAUCAACCUCCAGUGUUCUGUAAAGAUAAAAUGACUGGUGAUAUGAAUCAUGCUUGGGUUCUAAUACUAUAUCAACAGGGUAGUUUGCUGCUUUCUACUAUUUGCACUAUUGUUCUCCAGACAAGUUUUCCUCUGAGCCUCUUUUCUCCCUAAUUUACUCAUUUACACACGUUGUUUUCAUAGUGUCUUUAGCAUAGAUCAAUGACUCAUGUAUCGGUUGUUACUGUGCGUAGUAACAACGAUACACUGACCAACGCAAUCAUUGAAUAAUCAUAGUGAAGGGACUUAUUGUCUAAAAUCCAGUUCUUCAUUUGCUGGAGAAAGGAACUAGGUGUUUUCAUUCUCCAGAAUCAGGUCGUUUUUUUCUCACAUUUUUUUAAUUAAAGGCCUGUUUUCCGUGUUGCAAAAGGAGCAGGAAUGUGACAUAAUGGAAAGUCCCUCUCUUCAGUGUAUAUCAGUAGAGAACUUAUCAUCAUGAGUUACUUAUCUGGUCUCUCCUGUCACCUUAAAAAGGCGUUUCCCGAUAGACACCUUUAGGAGAAUCAUCUGAAAGCUGUUGUCUUUAGAACGUGAGAUCUCAUAAAGGUUGAUUCUAGAGAGACUGAAUAGAGACACCUUUAGGUGAAUCAUCUGAAAGCUGUUGUCUUUAGAACGUGAGAUCUCAUAAAGGUUGAUUCUAGAGAAACUGAAUAGAGAGACAUCUUUAGGUGAAUCAUCUGAAAGCUGUUGUCUUUAGAACGUGAGAUCUCAUAAAGGUUGAUUCUAGAGAAACUGAAUAGAGACAUCUUUAGGUGAAUCAUCUGAAAGCUGUUGUCUUUAGAACGUGAGAUCUCAUAAAGGUUGAUU